UCGUAUUAUAAGUAACAAACAUCAUCAUCAAACAUUGGCUGAAUCUAUAAAAUCUGAUAAUACCUAUUUACUUACCUAUUCAUAAUGAUUCCAUUGUAUCGAUUUCCAGAGGAACCAUAUUUAAUUUUAGAAUUAAGGUAGCUUAUCAAAUUUCUGUUUUAACUGAGUCUGAUCUACAGCUACCUCUUUUGUGUGAUGACUUUCGGAAUUCAUGAUAACAAGAAACGAGAAAAGCAAUAAAAUAUUGUAUUUCCUAAAUCCGUUAUAUCUAAAUAUAAGAUAGGUAGAUACCUUUUUUUACUCUGAAUUGCUUUUUAUUUAACGAACAAUAAUAAUUGACAACCGGACGAUAACAUUUUAAUCGUAAGGAAAACGGAUUAGCCGGCGCAACAUGAGCCGUAUUCAAAACAUUAAUUUACAUAAUAUGACCAUUUUUAUCAAAAGUUUAUUUACCUCUAUCUACGGGAAUAUUUCUGAUAUCUUACGUAAACUGCAAAAUAAACAACUUAGACAAACGGUACUGAAACGAAAAUAUUCGUUCUGAAAACAUUAAUGUGUGUAAAAUUCAAUUAAUGGUUAGUAUGUUAUUAAAUCUCAAACAUCGCACUUCUCUAAUACACAGUUGAUUAUCGUCGUUUGUUCGAUGAUUGCAUAAGGUGUACUACGUUCACUUCGACACUUCGAAUUUAAUUAUUAUUGAACACGGUUCACAAGUAUUCGUGCCGCUUUAUGAUAUCACGAAAUGCAUGCAUAAGGAUGACAUGAAGAUGGUGCCGUGUUUGGUGUUAAGAUCUGUGUUGUGCGUUUAUGAGGAGAAGAAGUGGUUGACUGGAUCAGGAACGCUCCGCCAACGGUCCAUCUGAUACAGAUUCGUUCUGUGGCCCAUCGUUUAGAUAGUGAGAGGACAUGACCCUAUUUUUUUACCACCUAACUAACGCCUAAUUGCAAACACAUUCGCCUCGUUGUUAGAGGAUGAUCCCUAGUGGGGACGCGAAGAUGAGCUAUAUAACGGUGCUCUGGUUUUGCAGACGUAUCAAUCACUUUUCGUUUCUUAUCGAGUAACAUACCGGUUACUCAUUCGAUUCCAACAUGAGAGCUUUCGUGCUCGCCGCCGUACUUGUCGCUUUCGUCCAAGGUCGUCCAGAAGCACCUGGUGGUUACAGCUACUCUGCACCAUCAUCUAGCUAUGGUGCCCCUGGCGGCGCCGGUGGUCUAGGUCUUAGCGGUGGACAUGGUGGUGGUCUUUCUGGCGGAUUUGCCGGAGGACUCGGUGGAGGACACGGCGGAGGUCUUGGACUAAGCGGUCUUGGUGGUGGUGGUAGUUUCGGAGGAGGUCUCGGUGGAGGACUUGGAGGAGGGCUUGGAGGAGGUCUUGGACUUAGCUCUGGAGGAGGUUUCGGAGCUGGAGGACUUGGAGGUGGUGCCGGUUUCGGAGGAGGUGCUGGUGGAUUAGCACUAUCCGGAGGAGGUGGAUUCGCCGGUGGUGAUGCUGGCGGUGCUACCAUAGUCCAAAAACACAUUUACGUUCACGUACCUCCACCAGAACCCGAAGAAGCACCCGUUGGCCCAAGAGUUAUCCCAGUUGGGCAAUCCCAGAAACAUUACAAAAUCAUCUUCAUUAAAGCUCCAGCUCCCCCUGCACCCACCGCUCCCAUCAUACCCGUUCAACCUCAAAACGAAGAAAAAACCCUCGUCUACGUUUUGGUUAAGAAACCGGAAGAAGCUCCAGAAAUCCACAUUCCCACUCCAGCACCAACUCAACCGUCCAAACCUGAAGUUUACUUCAUUCGUUACAAGACCGAGAAGGAAGGCGGUAUUGGUAUUGGAGGAGGUGCUGGAAUCGGAGGUGGUGCAGGAAUCGGAGGCGGCAUUGGAGGAGGUGCAGGUGCCAUUGAUAUCGGUGGUACAACUGGCGCUGGUGUUAUCGCUAAUUCUGCCCACGGUGCUGGUGGAGACUUGGGGCUUGGAGGCGGACACGCUGGUGGUAUCGGCGGCAGUUCAGGACUCGGAGGUGGACACGCUGGUGGUCUCGGAGGCGGCUCAAGCGGUGCUGGAGUAUCAAGUAGCUACGGACCCCCUGGCAAGAGUGGCCCAUACAAGUCCUUUGGCCUUUUGUUGCCAGAUACCUUUGGUACUCAUUGUUAUAUAGUUCUAAACAUGAAGACCCUUUUGUUGUUCGCAGUGGUGGCAUUUGUGCAAGGUCGACCUCAGUACAGUUACAAUCCACCCUCUGGAAAUUAUGGAGCUCCCUCAGGUGGAGGUGGGCGAUUAGGAUUUACAACGGGACUUAACACUCAAAUUGGCAAUAAUAUUGGAUUAAGUGCUGGAGUGGGUCAGCUUGCUGGGGGUGGAAUUGGAGCCAACGUCGGUUUAUCUCAGAGUGGUAAUUUAGGCAUAAACGCUCAUGGUUCGUUAACUGGCAUUGGGGGUGGAAAUUCUGGAGGAUUAAGUGGUAGUUCUGGAGGAUUAGGAUUAGGUGGUAGUUCUGGAAUAUCAACAGGAGGCAUCUCAGGGGGAAUAUCCGGUAUCGGGGGUGGACUAUCUGGAUUAGGAGUCUUAGGAGGUAGUGGUGGUGGUGGUGGUAUAAUAGGAGGAGGUCAAACGCUUGUCCAAAAACAUAUUUACGUUCACGUCGCUCCCCCUGAACCGGAAGAACUAAGACCCUCUCCAGUCCUUGCAGCUGGUCCAGUUCAAAAACAUUACAAAAUUAUUUUCAUCAAAGCCCCAACUCCAUCCAUUUCACCUGCUUCUAUCAUUGCUUCGCAGCAACGAUCUGAAGAGAAGACAUUGGUUUACGUUUUAGUCAAAAAGCCCGAAUCUGCGGAGGACAUCGUUGUUCCAACAGCUGCACCUACACCACCGUCCAAACCGGAAGUUUACUUCAUUCGUUACAAGGCCACGAAGCAGGCUGUCGGUGGUGGUGGUGGUGGUGUGGCUACCGGUGGUCUAGUGGGUAGUGCGGGUGGUAUAGGUACGAAUGUGGUUACCGGUGGUUCCGCUGCUGGUGCUCCAACUGGAAGUUUCAGCAGUUCAGGUACUUCAGGUCUUCCGGGAAGUUAUGGUCCUCCAGGCCAAAGUGGACCUUAUUAGAUGAGGCGAAGAAGGAUAUUGUAAAUAUGUAAAUUUUAUAAUAUGUAUACAUUAAUAUAACGUGUUAGCUGCAAAAGCUAAUAUAGAAAAGGAACAGGACCCGUGAGAAUAAAGGUAGCACUUGUUUUCGAUAAGUUUUACAGUGACGAUUGUACUGUUAGCAGUAGUUAAAAAUGUAAUGGAUAGUUUGUGUAUUUUAUGCACUAAUAAGUUUUUCUAUUUCUACAGGGUUUGUAUAAUAAAUAGUUUUAAAAAUG